AAACAAGAGCAUUUUGUUUUACUUUAAUGUGUUGAGAUGUGCCAGUCCUACCGUGAUGAUAAACCUACAGUGUCCUACCACACAGAUCUGUGUCUCUAGGUGCCCAGAAAAAUUUUUAACCUAUAUGGAAAUGCAACUUUUGUACGGAAAAGACAGAAGCUACUGGGAGUACUAUAGGCAAUUUUGCAAGCCCACUGCUGAGCCUGAAAAGUCUAUCACAGAAGUUUUACUAGAUGGUGACUGUCCAACAGCAGUUUUUCCAAGCAGACCUUUUCUUCAGAGAUGUUUCCCUGACUUCUCUACCAAAAAUGGCACUUUAACAGUAGCAAAUAAGACCCUGUUUGAAGAUGGAAGUGGAAAUACAAGAAAUGUUUUAGAACUCAGGGAAGCUGCAGAUGGCAUCAAUAAAAUCCUUGAUGCAAGGACUAUUGGAAUGAAAGUCUUUGAAGACUAUGCAACGACCUGGUAUUGGAUUCUCUUUGGCCUGACUAUUGCCAUGAUCCUUAGUUGGUUAUUUUUGAUACUACUGAGGUUCACAGCUGGAAUCCUCUUCUGGAUCUUCAUGUUUGGUGUGCUUGGAAUUAUAGCCUAUGGAAUAUGGUACUGUUACCGUGAAUACUACAAUCUUCAGGAACACCCAAAUUCUGCAUUAACUAUCUAUGACAUUGGUAUUCAGACUAAUAUAAGCAUGUACUUCCAAUUGAAACAAACAUGGUUCACAAUGAUGAUAAUACUCUGCAUUCUGGAAGUGAUCAUCAUCCUCAUGCUGAUCUUCCUCAGGAAACGAAUCUGUCUCGCCAUUGUCUUGCUGAAGGAAGGGAGCAAAGCCAUUGGAUAUAUCCCUAGUACAUUACUUUAUCCACUUCUAACCUUCAUUUUGCUCUCCAUCUGCAUUUGCUACUGGGCUGUGACAGCAGUUUUCUUGGCUACAUCAGGAGUACCUAUCUACAAAGUUAUAGCCCCAGAGGGGCAAUGUAUACAUGAAAAUCAAACCUGUGACCCAGAGAUUUUUAAUACAACUGAGGUUGCCAAAGCUUGCCCUGGAGCUCUGUGUAACUUUGCCUUCUAUGGUGGAAAGAGUAUGUACCAUCAAUACAUCGUUACCUUCCACGUGUACAAUCUAUUUGUCUUUCUCUGGCUUGUAAACUUUAUCCUUGCAUUGGGCCAGUGUGCCCUUGCUGGUGCCUUUGCUGCUUAUUACUGGGCCAUGAAAAAACCUGAUGACAUCCCACCACAUCCACUUUUUACGGCAUUUGGACGAGCAGUACGAUAUCACACAGGAUCCCUUGCAUUUGGAUCUUUAAUCAUUGCAAUACUUCAAAUGUUUAAAGUGGUCACAGAAUACUUGGACAGUCGUAUAAAAAAUGCCCAGAACAGCAUUGCUAGAUUCCUACAGUGCUGUCUGAAGUGCUGUUUCUGGUGUUUGGAAAAAAUGGUAAAGUUCUUAAACAGAAAUGCCUAUAUCAUGAUUGCAAUAUAUGGCAAGAACUUCUGCAGGUCAGCAAGAGAUGCUUUCAAUCUGCUAAUGAGAAACAUUUUAAAAGUUGCAGUUACAGAUGAAGUUACACACUUUGUAUUACUUCUGGGAAAAAUUCUAGUUUCUGGUUUUAUAGGUGUCCUGGCCUUCUUACUAUUCACAGAAAAAUUACCAAUGAUCGCAUAUGGACCAACAUCUUUAAAUUACUACUGGGUACCUUUGCUGACUGUCAUUUUUGGAUCUUACCUAAUUGCUCAUGGGUUCUUCAGCGUCUAUGCAAUGUGUGUUGAAACAAUUUUCAUCUGCUUCUGUGAAGAUCUGGAAAGAAAUGAUGGAUCUGCAGAAAAACCCUACUUCAUAACCCCUAACCUGCACGGGAUUUUGAUCAAGAAGCAACCAGUUCCCCAGAAGCAGAAAGAGUAG